AUGUGUCAUGACCCUAUAUGUGUUGUUACUGAUCAAGAUCCAGCUCUCAAGGUUGCUGUUGCUCGCGUGUUUGGUACAUCAAAACAUAGAUUUUGCAUGUGGCAUAUAAUGUGUAAGGUUGGUGAGAAGGUUGGACCAAUUCUAUCUAAAGAUGAAGUGAUUAGGAGGAAGUUGAAUGGCAUUGUCUGGAACAAAUCACUGGACUCCAAGUCAUUUGAGGAGUCAUGGAGUUGUAUCAUGGAGGAAUAUGGUUUGGGUGACAAUGGUUGGUUUCGUUACUUGUUCGAGUCUCGUACAUAUUGGGCAUCCCCAUAUUUUCACGACGAGUUUAUGUCAGGACUGACACCAUUGGCUUUGGAGAAGCAUGCAAUGGAUGUUUACACCAUUUCUGAAUUUUAUGAUGUUCAAGUAGAGAUUUGUGCAGCUUGUUAUUCGUGUCAAGUGGUGUCUUUGUGUGAUUGUGAUGGCCAUGUGUCAUAUGGGAUAAAAGAUGGUGCCCAACGGGCAUGGUAUGUGGAGCUAGUCUUGUCUGAUUAUACUGCUACAUGUUCUUGCAAGAUGUUUGAGCGGACGGGGUUUUUGUGUAGGCAUAUUUUUUGUGUGUUUAAAGAUCGUGGGCUUGAGAGUAUUCCUUCUAGGUAUGUGGUGUCUCGGUGGACAAAGGGUGCUUGUUUGAAGCCAAUAUUUCAUAUUGAUGAUACAAUUGUUGAUCAAUCUUCUAAAGUGGAGAAUGUUAGGAUUUUUACUAAUCUAUUGUGGUCCGACAUAUAUGCUUGCGUGGGCUUGGCCGAUGGUAAUAUAGAACGUUUGUCACAGCUACGACGUGUUAUUUGUGAGCAAAGGCAAUUAUUUCUCCAAGAGGGGAGUGAGGAUGGCAGUGGGGUGGUGGCUGGUGGCAGCAAACAAAGUGUGAUCAAUUCAUUUUGUGGAGAUGUGUCUCAGGGUUCAACAGUGGAGGUGCGUGAUCCUAUUCAAGCUAAGAACAAGGGUAGCGGUAAGCGGUUGAAGAGUACAAGGGAGAAAGCUGCUAGCAAGUGUGUAAAGCAAUCAAGGAAAUGUCAUACUUGUGAAGAAUAUGGUCAUAAUAGUAGGACAUGCCCUUUAAAUGGUUAG